GACGGACGGCCCGGGCUGGUAUACUUUAAAUUGGGCUGGUUAAAACUCCAGCCCACAUUCCCACUCAGCCCAAAAAUGUAGCCUAGUUCUUCGUCUCUUACACACAAGUGCCACACCUAGCUCGUCUUCUUCUUCUCCAGCCUCCAACUCGCCGUUUUUCCCUUCGCCGGCGAGCAGCGCACCAGGUUGUUCUAUUGAUUACGCACCAUGACAAAAAGGGACAGUGCUUUACAAGACACAUCUAAAGACCCUGCUACUGAGGAUGAAACUGUCUCAAGUGAUGGUGGAAGUGAAUCAAGUGAUGAUUUCCAUCCAGAAGUUGAUGAGAGUUACUCAUCUGAAAAUGAGGAUAGUCUUGCCUCAAGCAAUGAUGAUGAUACCUCUAGUGAGGACAAUUUAACUAGUAUUGUGAGUCACAGUGAAGAGAAUGAUAGUGGAAAUGAUGACUCCCAUCUAGAAGUUGAGAAAAGCGACUCAUCUGAAGAUGAGGGUGGUUUUGACUCAAGUAAUAAAUCUAAUAAUGGUAACGAUACCUCUAUUAAGAAUAAUGUAACUGGUGCUAUGAGUCAUAGUCAAGAAGAUGAUGGUGGAAGCGAUGACUCCCGUCCAGAAGUUGAGGAGAGUGACUCGUCUGAAGAUGAGGUUGCUCCUCGCAAUACUGUAGGAGAUGUUCCGUUGAAGUGGUACAAAGAUGAGGAACAUAUAGGAUAUGAUCUUGCAGGGAUGAAGAUCAAGAAGAAAGAGAAACAAGACAAAUUAGAUUCGUUCCUAGCCAGUGCUGAUGACUCCAAAAAUUGGCGUAAGAUCUAUGAUGAAUAUAAUGAUGAAGAAGUGGAGCUGACAAAGGAAGAGGUCAAAAUGAUACGCAGGAUGAUAAAAGGAAAGGCUCCCCAUGCUGGGUUCGAUCCUUAUGCGCCUUACGUUGACUGGUUUGCCUGGGACGGUGCAAACCAUCCACUUUCAAAUGCCCCAGAACCAAAGAGACGCUUUAUUCCUUCAAAGUGGGAGAGGAAAAAGGUUGUUAAGUUAGUGCGUUUAAUAAGAAAGGGGCUAAUAAAAUUUGAUGACAAGCCGAAAGAAGAACCAAGAUUCUAUCGUUUGUGGGGAGAUGAUUCUAGUUCUGUGGAAAGACAUGGAUUAGCUUAUAUUCCUGCUCCAAAAACUAAGCUACCAGGUCAUGAGGAAUCGUACAACCCCUCGUUGGAAUAUAUCCCAACUGAAGACGAGAUCAAAUCAUAUGAACUUAUGUUUGAGGAGGAUCGGCCUAAAUUCAUUCCAAAACAGUUUACUUCCUUGAGAAGCGUUCCAGCUUAUGACAAAACCGUCAAGGAAACAUUUGAUCGAUGUUUGGAUCUUUAUCUAUGCCCCAGAGCUCGUAAAAAGAGGCUUAAUAUUGAUCUUGAAUCUUUGAAACCAAAGAUGCCAAGUCGUAAGGAUCUCAGACCUUACCCAACUACUUGUUAUCUCGAGUAUAAAGGUCACAAAGGUCCAGUUAACUCAAUUUGUACAGAACCUAGCGGGCAAUGGAUUGCUUCUGGUUCUAGCGAUGGAACUGUGCGUUUAUGGGAGGUUGAAACGGGAAGAUGUGCAAGGAUAUGGGAGUUUGAUGAAGCAGUUCAGCUUGUUUCCUGGAAUCCUGUGCCCAGUCUUCCUAUUCUGGCAGUCGCCAUUGGAUUAGAUGUAUACCUUUUGAACACUGGCCUUGGGAAUGAAGAGGGACAACAGAAGGUUGAAGAACUUUUGUGUGCUCAGAAACCACCAGCAACAGAUGACCAUGAGAACAACUCUUCCAUUGUGAGCUGGUCUAAGGAUGAUAAGCAUGGAGGAGUCAGGUUAAAGCACACUAAGAAUGUUACAUCUGUUGAGUGGCACCGUAAAGGAGACUAUUUCUCAACACUUACACCGUCUGAUAUCCUUUUUUUAAUGAAACUAAAUUCUCAAUUUGAGCUCACAGUGGAUUUCUUUUGGCAGCAGAAUAUACACAUAUCAUUUAUAAGCGAAUGCACUGAGUUUCUGAAUUCAUGAGAUUCAUGCAUCUCUUCUUCGUCAUUUGCAUCCAUUAAGAUUAAAGGAAAGUCAUUUUG